GGCAGAGGUAGGAGGACGGGAGGGAGAACCGUUAGCCGUUAGCCGUUAGCCUCCUUCUACUCCUCCUUCUUCUUCUUCAUCGCGUGAACGUUGUUGUUGUGUUUGUUUCGCGCCCUCCUGUCCUCCCCUCUCCUCUUCUUAUCCUCUCCUGUCUUCUCCUCCUUUUUCUCGUUUCCUACUUUCUCCCGAUGAGUUCCUAUUUUGUCAACUCCUCUUUCCCGGUGACGCUACCGGGAACUGGUGGAGGCGGCCAAGCGGCGGAAUCGUUCCUGGGUCAGAUACCGCUCUACUCGUCGGGAUACGCCGCCGAGCACCCGCUUAGACACUACCCGGGGGCAGCAGCCGUUACCGCUGCCGCGGCCGUGGCUUACGGUGCGAGCGGCGGCGGCGUGCACCAGGAGAAGCCGUACCCGGCGUCCACCUACUUCCAGCAAGCGGCCAACGGAGCAUAUGGCGGGCACCGGGCGGCGGCAGCAGCGGCAGGGGUCAGUGUAGGGGGUGCGACCGGAGCCGGUGCCUGCGACUACGCCACGGCGGCGGCGGCAGCGGCGGCUGCAGCUGCGGCCACGAGCUUCUACCGGGACAAGGAGCACCCGUGCAGCCUGGAAGAACACCAGCUUGCGCUGAGCCAGGACGGCAUGCACCGCAAAGCGGAGUGCGCGGGGCUGAGUGGGAAGGGGCUGUUUGGCGAAACGAUGGACGACAAGCAACCGGCGUCAGCCCCCAUUUAUCCGUGGAUGCAGCGGAUGAACGCGUGCAACGGGACUUUCGGUAGCCCCGGGAGGCGCGGCCGGCAGACGUACACCCGCUACCAGACUCUCGAGCUGGAGAAGGAGUUUCACUUCAACCGGUACCUCACGCGGCGGCGGCGGAUCGAGAUCGCGCACGCGCUGUGCCUCACGGAGCGGCAGAUCAAGAUCUGGUUUCAGAACCGGAGGAUGAAGUGGAAGAAGGAGAACAAGCUGAUCAACUCCUCUUCUUCCUCAUCCUCCUCCUCCUCUUCCUCCACGGUGAACGGUGCAGAGGAAGAGGAGAAACGGACGGACUGAAAGAGGAGAAAAAAGAAAUAAACUGAUGUAAGAAACAUAAAAGAAGAAUAGGAGGAUGGAUGAAAAGACAUACUGGGUAACUCCUCCCCGCCCCCGUCUCAAAAUCCGUCCACAUGCUUGUCUGGUGUGAAAACUCUGGGGAAAAAUUAGCCAAAUUUUCCUUUCUUUUCUUUUUUAACCUGAGGAGGGAUGGGGGAGGAAAGAGGGGGAUAGAAUUCCCUUUUCAUCCCUCUAAUAUCGCCACCCACCUAAAAAUUGUAUCCAGCUACUUCUAAAGGCUGUAUUUCCCCCUCUGUCUGGUCUGAAAAUUGGGAAAUCAUUUGUAAAAGACUCUUGAGAAGGAACCGCGAGACUGUGGAAAGAGCAGAUGAAACGAAGAAACGGGGUAAAAAAAAGAAAAAGAAAAGAAAAAUAACAACAUAAAGAGGAGAAAGAGGGUGAUGGUGGGGCAGGCUAUGGCACUGUGUUUGAAAAUACAAUAAGUAAGUUACCGGCAACGGUGAGAAGCUGUUUGAAGACACAAUUUCUUAUUGCAUUCCAAGGAAACUACCUAACCUCUUAUUCUAGGCUAUUUAGUUUUUAUUCUCGUCAAAUGUACUUCCUAUCUAUCAGGCACUUGCUUUGAAGCUUUAGGACUCGACCUCGAGCUUUAGCUACACCCCCCUCCUCCUUUUUAAAUUUUUUUUAAUUUUGUAAACGUGUUGUGUGUGUUAUACCUUCAAUUACACGUGCAAACGAGCUCAUGCACACAACGAUGGGAUGAGGGGAAAGCUAUCUGAGAAGUGUUGUCACGAUGUUCAUAUUUAAACUGUACAGAAAUACGCAAGGGAAAAUCACUUUGCACGGUCAAAAUAAUGUAAUUGCGGGUGGGGGUGGGGGUAACUUAACCCUUCGAGCUGUUUCACUUUUCCAGUAUAGAUGGGGCGUGUGGGAGGGGGGUGUUAACCUACUGAUGUUAUCCGCCAAACUACCUAAAACGUUCAGGAAAGUGUAUAUUUUAUGGAUUUUUACAUUGUUUGUUUAUGUUAGUGUUUUGUCACGUAAUUAUGUAUACUACCUAUAAGAAAUGUUCAAUAAAAUGUAAAGAAAUGAUUGGAGAGAGGCUCUUUUUUAAUUUUUGGUGGCUGAUAAAUUAUUUAUUAAUUUAUUCAAACCUGAACACAAU